GGUUGGAUGGUUUGUGUUAGAUGGUUUCAGUUGGAUGGUUUAGGUUGGAUGGUUUGUGUUAGAUGGUUUCAGUUGGAUGGUUUGUGUUAGAUGGUUUCAGUUGGAUGGUUUGUGUUAGAUGGUUUCAGUUGGAUGGUUUGUGUUAGAUGGUUUCAGUUGGAUGGUUUGUGUUAGAUGGUUUCAGUUGGAUGGUUUAGGUUGGAUGGUUUGUGUUAGAUGGUUUGGGUUGGAUGGUUUGGACACGUGCGGCGUGUCGUGUCCUUCCUUGUGACCUAAUGACCUUUAACCCCCGGCAGACAGUGGAGGUGUAGCUCUGAUGAUGUCUGCCAUGUUGGACUGUGUCUAAACUCUGGAUCUGAUGGAGAACAAGUGAAGGGGAGGAGCCUGGCGGUCCAGACUGUGCUGCCAUUGGCAAGUUGAUGAACUUCUCUGUGAUUGGCUGUGUGAUGAAUAAAAGAAAAAUCUAGCAAAAUCACAGUAUUUCGGCAUCAGACACGACUGGAACUGAAGAGCUCUCAGAUCUUUUCAUAAUGUCCGACUGGACCGAGUGUCUGAACUUCGGUAUCUCCGUCGCCAAACAGGCUGCUGAGAUGAUUAUGUCGUCUCUCCAUCAUCCAAAAGAUGUGAAGUUGAAAAGUUCUGCAGCUGAUCUUGUCACAGAAACUGAUCAAAGAGUGGAGAAAUUUCUGAUAAUGACCAUCAGGAGGAGAUUCCCACAGCACAGGUUCAUAGGGGAGGAGUCUAUUGGUGCAGGUGAGCAUCUGGAGCUGACUGACAGUCCAACCUGGAUCAUUGACCCCAUUGACGGGACCGUCAACUUCGUCCACAGGUUUCCUUUCGUGGCUGUCUCAAUUGCCUUCACUGUCAAUAAAAGGACUGAGUUUGGGAUUGUUUACAGUUGUGUGGACAACAAACUCUUUUGUGCUCAGAGAGGACAAGGAGCGUUUCUAAAUGGAGUUCCUCUUCACGCCUCAGGACAGGAAGACGUCAGCAGGUGCGUGGUGGUGACGGAGAUUGGUGCAGAGCGUGAUGACGAGGCGCUGACCACCGUGACAACCAACAUCUGCCGACUGCUGAAACUACCUGUGCAUGGCGUGCGGGCGUUGGGGACAGCAGCUGUCGACAUGUGUCAGGUGGCCUCAGGUGCGGCUGACGUCUACUACCACAUUGGAAUGCACUGUUGGGACAUUGCCGCGUCUGCACUCAUCGUACAAGAAGCAGGAGGCAUUGUCAUGGAUACAGACGGUGCAGAGUUUGACAUGAUGUCUCGCAGAGUCCUCGCCGCCAGCUCUUCGGCCGUGGCCAGUCGCAUUGCUCAGGUGAUCCGGACCUUCCCCUGUCGCCGUGAUGAUGAGGAUCCCUGUGUAUCUGUUGUGCAGAAUGGACUGUAGGUCAUGUGACAGGAAGUAAACAUGAGUUGUGGUGUCACUAAACAAACACUAAUAAAAGCUGACGUCACCUGAU